CAAUUUCGAUGUCGAUGUAGUGUCAAUUUUGUGUUUUUCAUUUCAGAAUUUCAGUGCUUUUGUAAGACUGGUUGGUUUUACUUGUAUUUAGUUUUUAAAGUUCUCUUCAAAAAAUCUUCAGUAUGAUAACAAACGAGGAAAACAAGGAGCUUGCCCACAGGCAACAUGUGAAAUAUUUCAUGAGGUUCCUGAAUAUUCUGCCUUCAUCCUUGUCUACACAUGAUACCACCAGAGUGACUAUAGCAUAUUUCUCAAUAUCUGGCCUGGAUGUGCUCGGUGCAACAUCAAAUUUAUCAUUAGACCUGAGGUCAAGGAUUAUAGAAUGGAUAUACAGGCUUCAAGUGCAACCAAAAGAUGAAGACAUGUCAAUGUGUGGGUUCCUGGGCUCGUCAUCCAUCAAUAUAGAGAUGGAUCCAGCGAACAGUCACUACAGGUGCGGGCACCUCGCCAUGACCUACACCGGGCUGUGUAUCCUUCUUGUACUUGGAGAUGACUUCUCCAGGGUCAAUAGGAAGGCUAUUAUUGAAGGUAUCCACGCGCUCCAGACUCCGGACGGCAACUUCGCGGCCACGCUGUCGGGCUGCGAGGCGGACAUGCGCUUCGUGUACUGCGCGGCGUGCGUGAGCUACAUGCUGCAGGACUGGACCGGCUUCGACGUGGAGCGAGCCACCGACUACAUUGUCAACUCUAUUGGUUACGACUACGGCAUCGCGCAAUGUCCUGAGUUGGAGUCUCACGGAGGGACCACCUUCUGUGCGCUGGCAACCCUCAGCCUCACCGACCAACUGCACAAACUGUCCGAAGCACAGAUAGAAGGCCUCAAGAGGUGGCUGAUUCUAAGACAAUCCGACGGCUUCCAAGGCAGACCUAACAAGCCAGUUGAUACGUGCUAUAGCUUCUGGGUAGGGGCGUCGCUGAAAAUACUAGACAUGCUAGAAAUGACCAACUAUGCCAGCAAUAGGAAGUAUAUAUUUGAGACCCAAGAUACGGUUGUAGGAGGGUUUUCCAAAUGGCCGGAGACUUGUACGGACCCAAUGCACACGUAUUUAGGACUCUGCGGGCUCAGUCUUAUAGGUGAGAAUGGAUUGAUAGAAAUAGAACCGCGGUUGAAUAUAACUAAACGAGCGUUUGAGCAUUUGAAGAAGAUACAAGCGACGUGGUAGUGUUAAAUGUAUUCUGUAGAUAGGCUUCUUUAGGUGCAUUUUUGUUUAAUAGUAUGUAUGUAUUUAUGAGACAUCUGUUUAUGAGUUCUUUUAGUUUCAUCUAAUAUCAAAGAAUCAGGGUGCUUAUGCUAUGAUGUUGAAUGUCUAUUGAUUACAUUGUUAUAAGGCAAGUAUAAAUAUACGCACACGACUUUAUGGUACAGAAAUAAGAUUACUUACCAAGAUUUUGUAAUUAUUGUGCUUAUAUUCGGCAUUUCAAUGGAGGCGUAUUUAUUGUAAAGUUUUUUUUUAGUUUCGAAAAGUAUUAAAUUUGAGAAUCUAUAUCUACAGAUUGUUGCAAAAAUGUGACCCCCUUUCGGUUCAAAAUCACUUUUGCAACACCCUGUAUUAUCAUAAUUUUAAAUCAUUUUAUAAAAAAAUAUUAUGAUUAAGAAGCUCUUUAUUGAGUAACUCGCACUCGUAGUUAGAAAUAUUAAAUUUUACUCAGUUAGUAAGCUAUGGAAAGCUUAUGAAGUUAUUAUGUCACAUUACUUGAAAUAGGUGCUAAACAUUUUUUUCGGGAAUACCUGAAAUAAACAACGACAUUUUUCAAAAUACAUAGGAUCUGAUGCACAGUCUUACUGCAAAAGUUAGUGAUCAUUUCAAAAUUUCAAUUUCAUUCGAAUUUUACGUUUAGUAUUUAUAUACUUUUGCGUUGACCAUACUUGUAGUACCUAAUUGGCAUUUAAGGACCAAAUCAUGCAAGCAAUAAUAUUUACAUUUUUUGAGCUGGAUAUACACGAAUUGCCGUAUGUAGCUGACCCAUGAUGUAUGAAAUUUUGUGCUGUAAAACCCUAUCACCUGUGUACAAAUAUCGGCAUUAUGAUUUUUAUCGUAAUUAUGCGUUUUGUAGAACCUUGUGGCCACAUACAUGGCUUUAUGGGCGGAUAAAAAGCGUAACAGCUACGCUUUUCGUAUUAUUUACCAUUAGGGUUGCUUUAUGUAUGGUAAUUUAUGUUUUUAAAUCCGUCACAAUGAUGUUGAAGAUGCAAUUUCUGUGCAUAGCACAUACGGUACACAUAUUUUUGCACAUAUGUUUAUGUUUUUUAAAGUAAUAAAAUAUAAGUGCUGAUUGUGCCAUAGAUUAGUUAGGUACUUAGUAUUUGAACCUUGUCAUUUUAAAUUUACUGUAAAAGGGGGAAAAAUAUCCUUUGGUAUCAAUGAUUUUGUUUGUAAUGUAACGUGACUACCAUCUAUGUAGUCACGUUACAUUACAAACAAAUCAUCCUGUAGUUUGGACCAUGACCCACAGGACCACUCUUGAUUGUGAUAAGGUUCAAAUUUAAUGAAACAUUUACUUGAGUCUGUUUUACUCGUCAUAAGUAUGGCAUUUGUAAGAAAUGAGCACAAAUAAUUGUUUAGCGAUAAGGGAUUUAGGUAUCUUUGGUAUAACUUUUUACAUAGGUGCCUACUUAGUCCAAAUUCCUUUUAUUACACACACCAUAAAUAGAAUAAAAUAUAAACCUCUUAUUGAUGUCGAUUCUGAAGGCACAAAUUUUAAUUUUAGAGUUGCCAAACUAUGCAUAUCGCCAGCGAAAAAAUAUAUUUAUGAAACGAGUAUGAGUCGAAUGUUAAACAAAGAAUUUAAGGUUUUGAAUUAUUUUAAUUUGCGCCUUUAGAAUCGAUAUCAUUGUCGGCCCAGUCUACAGUUUUCCAAAAUCCUAUUCCAAUAUUUUAUAAUGCCACCGUAAAUAUGUGUAUCUAUGGUGUUUUUUAUACAAUCAAGUUUUGUACAAAUAUUUUAAAUCAGGGAAUCAUAAUGUGGUUGUUUUUUUGCAUUUAUUCGUAACGAUUUGCUAUUACAUGUUAUACCGAUUGUUGAUUCAAUUUUAACGUGUUAAUUAUUAUGUCUAUUGAAUAAAAGGACAUAAGCCAA